AUGGAAAAGAUCUUUGAUGCAAAAAGGUGCCCAUCAGAAACAAGGUUGACAUACUCGGAGUAUCAGUUGUCUAGGGAAGCAAUACACUGGUGGAACAAGAUGAAACUAGUGUUAGAAGAAAGUGGUGAGAUUCUUACUUUGGAGCUUUUGAAGAACAAAUUCUAUGCUGAGUGCUUUCCGGACAACGUAAAACAUGCAAAGGAAGUGGAGUUCUUGCAGUUUAAGCAUUUGGGACGUUUCUAUACCCAACCAACUAAUGAAGAAUGGAGGUGUAGAAAAUUCAAAAAUGAAUUAAGAGCAGAUAUACAAUUAGCAUUGAAUCCCUUAAUUAUUAAGGAAUUUUCUGUUUUAGUUGAACAGGCCAAAGUGGUAGAAAGGUUAAGAGGCGAGAUUGAGGCUGAACAGAAGUUUCAACGGCAGCAGCCCCAGCAGAGGAUAAUCCGAUGUUACGUCUGUGGAGGACCUCAUCUAAAGAGUGUUUGUCCACAAGUUGUUGCACGCAACAAAAAUGUUUUCUUUGCGGAGCAGAAGAACAUUUUGCUAGAGAUUGUCCCUCUAGUAGAAGAGAAGCACCUCAACCUCAACAACGGCCUCAGUAGAGAAGGACUAACAAUAGGCCUCAAGCGACUGGAAGGGUAUAUGCUUUGA